AUGAAAAAGAUUAAUGAUAAUAAGAGUUCUGGCGGAAGAGUUGAAUUAGAAGUGAAUGAUGUUAAUGAGAAAUUAGCCGAAAAAGCAGAUAAAAACCACGUUCAUUAUAUAACUUCAGACGAACAGAUUAUAACGGACUACCAUGGAUAUUUAACACGAAGUGAUGAAGCGAAGACAAAAAAUGUUAAUGAAAGAAGAUAUAAAUACAUUCGUGCUAAAGGUUAUGACAUAAGCUGUACUGUACAGUAUGAUGUAGCUAAAGCACCAGAAGCAUUUGGUUAUACCGGUGAAAUUUAUGCCUCUACUUUCAAUGUUAACGGUGUAUUAGUUGAACCAAGAUUUAUGUUAAGAGUUAAGGCAAAAAUAACGUUUGAAGAUGCUAUUAAAAGUAAAGCUGACAAAGUUGAACUCGAAGCAAUGAACAAAGUUUUGAAAUCUCAUAAACACAACAUCUCCGAUAUAAAUGAACUUCAAGCUACAUUAGACAGUAAAGCUGACAAAAAUCAUACACAUAACUCCUUCUCAACUGUUAGAGCAGACGACAUAAUAUUGAACUAUACCCUUGGUUCAAGUGCACCUUUAGAGAAUCCAAGUACAAGCGUAAAAGAUACACUAAACUCCUUAAAUAACAAAUGUAUGAAUAUCGAAGGUCAUGCCAGAAACUUUGAAACACAUGAACUACCAGCAAUGUUAGAUAAGAAAGCAGACAAAACUUAUGUGGAUACAGAACUAACAAAGAAAUUUUCGAAACCAGAUACAAUGACAUUUACAACAGAAAUUAUAAAUGGUGAACCAGCAACUCCAUUUGAAUUUGUUAGAGGUCUUCAACCAGAUACUUUUGAAUUUUUCUUGGAUAAUUCUAUUGAACUAACAUUACAUUAUAAAAGUGGAACAAAUGCAACAUUUCAUCCGGGAGAUACAUUCCAAAUGGUAUUUAAUGACAUAAGUUCUUUAGAAUAUGUUUAUAGAGUUAUGAGCAUAUAUGAUUUAAUAUAUCCUAUAGGAGCUGUUUAUACGUCUAUGAAUCCAAUAAAUCCAAACACUUUAUUUGGUGGUAGAUGGUAUGAAAUAGUUGACAGUUUUCCAUUCUACACUAAUACUCAGUCAAUGAAGAUGGGAGGUUCAAAGAAAAUAGGUAUUGAAAACCUUCCUUCACAUAUGCAUAGGUUCAGUGGAAGAACAUCU